AUUCUCUUCAAACUCAAGCUCAGUUGAAGUUCGAACCGUAGUUCAUCAACGAUAUGGGAUUUUUCGAUGUCUUCGAUAGCAAGCUCAGAGCCCAGAAGAAGGCAGAGCAAGAAGAAGAGACGAGGCAAGACUAUCAAACUCUCCGACACAAUCUUGGGAUGACGCCGUUUACUUUUGAAGGCGACAUCACCACCUCAGAGAUUUGGUGGAGGGAUCACUUCCUGUGGUUGAAGGACCUCGGCUAUCAACUUCGUUCACGCUAUGCCCCAGGACUGGAUAAGGAUUGGUAUAAAUGCGAGGAUAGGCUUUGGUUACUUCCGCAAAUCAAUAGUGCAGUUCGAGCGUCGGAUGGGGCUCAUGUCAUUUUGAAGCGGAUCCAGCCCUCUAUCCAUCCGCACGAAAUCGAAAUCGGCAGAUUCCUGACGUCUGAACCUCUUCGCUCACAGCACGAAAAUCAUUGCGUGGAGAUGCUUGAUAUAAUUCCUGUGCCAAAUGACACAGACCAAGUGCUUAUUGUACUCCCGCUUCUGCGUGCUUUCAACGAUCCACCUUUUGAAACAAUUGGCGAAAUAAUCGACUUUUGUUGUCAAGCUUUUGAGGGCUUGCAAUUCAUGCAUAAAUAUCAUGUGGCACAUCGCGACUGCAUGGACUUGAAUAUCAUGAUGGAUGCUUCAGAGAUGUACCCUGAACCAUUCCAUCCAUGUGAACCGGACAUGCGUUUUGACAUGAAAGAUUCAGUCAAACACUUUUCACGUACAGAGCGCCCUCCCCGAUAUCUCUUUAUUGACUUCGGAAUAUCCCGACGCUACGAAAUGUUGGAUCAUGCGCCGCUUGAACCUCCAAUUCUAGGAGGAUUUGCAUUACAGAAAGAACUUAUCAAUGUUUAUCGAGGACUCGAAUUUCUUCAGCCGCUAGUCUCGGACAUGCUGCAGAGCGAUCCGGCGCAGCGACCCACCAUGGACGAGGUCGCGUCUCGCUUUGUACCGACAUACAAUGCCCUGAGCCCCUGGAAGUUGCGCUCUAGAGCAGUUCUUAAGGACGAGUGGAUGUUUGUAGGGCUGUUUCGCAGUUUUAUUCAUUGGUUGCGGAGUCUACGGUACAUCUGGAGGCGUCUCCCUGCCAUACCAUCGCGUAUGAGACCAUGACGUAUGACACAGACCAUGUGAUGGAAUAUACUUAUUACUACAGGCGAGCCUGGUGUACUACGUACAGUGUGCUUGUGGUGAUUAGUGAUGGCCAACUCAAGAAGUCUACCGGGUUCGGAGUGUUC